GAUUGCUGCUGUGGCUGCACAGCCCAUGCCAGGAACCUCUUGGUACCCUGGCUGCAUCACCGUGUCCCAGCCCAAGUGAGCUCAUGAGGCUCAGCUGGCCUGGGAGAGGUAGCACAGACACGUAAUGAACGCAACUGUCACGGAAAGUCUAAGAGGGACGCUUGUUCCAUGGACUCUCCGGACAAUGAAGAAUUGGUGUGCCACCCCCUCUCUCGCCCCCCAGCUGAUGCCAAAGCGGGCGGCCGGCCGCCGACAGAUGAAUAGCAGGUCUGUUCCAGCAGCUGCGCGUCCCGGUCCAGCGAAGACAGUCUCCGGGAGCGCAGAGUGCCCCGCUCCGUGCGUGGUCUGCAGAGGAAGAGAGCUGGAGGCAAAAGGAUGGCCUCAGAAGGGGAGAGCAUCAAUCUUCAAGGCCUGAAUCAGCUCCGGACUAACGGGCCAAUGAACAUCAACCACUACGCGACGAAGAAGAGCGUGGCGGAGAGCAUGCUGGACGUGGCGCUGUUCAUGGCGAAUGUCACGCAGCUCAAAGCGGUGCUGGAGCAGGGGGCUUCCUUCCAGUACUAUGUCACCCUCAUCGUGCUCAUCAGCAUCUCCCUCUUCUUCCAGGUGAUAAUUGGGAUUCUCCUCAUCAUCACUGCUCGUUUGAACCUGAAUGAUGUUUCAAAGCAACCCCGCCUGAAUAUACUCAACAACACUGCCACAGCUCUCAUCUUCAUCACGGUCAUCCUCAACAUCUUCAUCACAGCCUUUGGGGUGCAGAAGACCGGCCUCUACCCUACCAGGAAUUUUCGACCUUAUUAAGUCAUGGGGCAAUGGAAUUGGGUAAGAAAGGGGAUCUGAGCAGCGUGGCUAACAGGUAAAGCUCUCCUCCUCUACGUUUUCACUGACUUCAGCAGGAUCCCGCUGAUGAAUCCAGAGAACUGGGUUAAACUUUCAAAACUGUGUGCGUAUCGUGUGUGGCCCCUUACCGUAAUGCUUUUGCAGUUCUGAAGGGGUGCAAACAUUGCCUUUUAAAGCUAGAGCAAACUUUGCUAGAGAAAGCUGCAGUUAACAGCAGCAGGUACGUCAUUUCAAAGCACAGUUCUGUAAAUCUCAUCUCUUUAGUUGCCUGCUUCACAUAUUCAGUAUUGGCUCAUUUUGUAGGGGAGACUGAACGACUCACUUUGCAGGCUAAAUGAACAAAAAAAGUACAGCUUUUUUGUCUCAAGCCUAAGUUGAUUAAAGCAAUACUAUCUAAUAGCUCACCUCCCAAAUGCUGGAAUGGAUUCCUAAACUAAAAAAAAUAAAGUUCUCAUGGGAGGAUAGAAAAGUGUAUGUCAAUGUAUCUAAAACCAGUUCAGAUGUUUUCCUAGUUGUUGAAAAAUAAAAUUAAACUUGACACAGUUAAGAAAACAAUCAGAUAUUUCCAGCAUUGGAAAAUUAACAAUGACAGAAAGUAGAUAUUAGUCUGAUGUCAUUGCCAGGGACCUCUCAGGAAUGAUGUCAGAACAGCCUGACAAUAUUUAGUAGAAAACGAAGAAACAUUAUACAUAAGGAGACACUCUAGGCUUAUUGCCGCAAUGACAGGUGCAUAGUGUAUUAUUUUAUUAAUAAAAUAACCAUUAUAAUUCAAAGUCUUAUCACUAACAAAUGGUUUUAAAUAUAUCAUUUUUGUAUUGACAAUGCUGGGAAUCCUCUUGCACUAGAACAAUUUGUUUCUUUAAAAAAAGUCUUUGAAUUAAUGAUUUUUCAGAUUUUUUUUUAAAGGAGUGAAAGUCUUCGAUCCUAAAUUUUGUAACUCUGUAGUCAUGCUAAAAAAAUGAUAUUUUAAUAGCCUGGUGUAAGCCUUUUUAAAUAAAGACAUGCUUUUCUGA